UAAUUAAAGUUUAAAUUUUAGAAACAAAUGUGAUGAAAUGUAUUUUUAUAUGUAUAAUUUUUCUAAUUAAUUAUCUUACUUGUUGUAUCAAAUAGGAAAAUAAUUCAAGAAGUUGUCUUACUUUUGAAUACAUUCGUAAUGUCACUUUGAACAUUAUUACGUGUUAUUGUAUGUAUAAUUGAUGAUCCAUGUCGGAUACUAAAUAUUAAAUUGAAUAGAAAAAAGGAAAUGAUAUUAAAAUGGAUAAAAAAGAGAAAAUAUUAUCCGGAAAUGUGUUGACGGCAGAACAACUUAUUCAAAAUAAAGGUAUUAAAUAUCAAACUUGGAAAGAAUGGGAAGAAUCCAGAAAAGUUUUACCCAAAUUUGGGCAAAAACAAUUUGAACCUAAUAAUUCUUGGUUAGAAAAUAUUCAAAUUGAAAAGGGUAUCAAGAAUUGUAGAGAUUUAUUGAGUAUCGAAAGGGUAGAACGCAUUUCUCAAUUAGCAGUUGCAGAAUGGUUACCUGAAAGAAGAAAGGCACAAGUUAUUAAAAAAUCUGGUCAGGACUGGGGUAAUUUUGGUAUUGAAAUAAAUAAAACGUUACUUUUGUUUCCUGAGGAGGCGUUACUUCUUCUAGAGAUGAACUGUUUGGAGCUUACAUGGAAUGGUGUAGCGUUAUCUAUUCAGCAAGCGUAUGAAAUUUUAAUAGAUGAUACAGAAUGUACUUUAGAAGAAUACAGAGUUUAUAGUCAAUUAACUCGCUACGGUUACCAUAUACAACGGUUUUAUUACAAGGAUUCGAUAAAAAAUAUAAUAUCUGACGAAUUUGUUUCUUUAAAAAAAAAAGUUAUUGUGGAACCCAAGAAAGGUUUGCGUAUGAGAGACUCCGAACAAAGAAUGGAUCAUGACACGAGCAAUCAACUUAAAGUACUUGAUAAUACUAAAGGAGAAUUAAAUGUAUUGAAAAUAAAUAGUAAUGUACAGAUUGAUAAAUCCAAAAAGAUUUUAAGUAAUACAAUUGAAGAAGAUGUACAAAACAUUAUCGAGAACAUUAAAAGUGCAAUAGAAUGUACAAGUAAUUCUACAUCUCUUAUAUCCGAAUAUUAUAAUGCAAAAUUAAAAAAUGAUAAUAUAAUUUCUAAUUCUGCAAGUUUAAAGAAUGAUCAAUCCAAAUUAGAUUCAAUGCAUGAAGAAACAAUAAACAAAGUAAACAAAGGUGGUAACAGUAAAACCAAUCGCAAUUCAAAUGUUGAAAUUAUUUUCGAGGAGACCUUAACUGGAGGAGUAAAAGUCAUGAAAGAACUUACUACUUGUUCAACGAAGACUAGCACUCCUGUACCAAAAUGGCUGGAUUCACGUAUACAGCGUAAUGUAAAAUUACUCCCAAAGAGAACUGAUAUAUUGGCAGUUAAUAAUAAAUCUGUAUCAGCAAAUAUUGAUCAGAAUAACUCUCUUAAGAGGAAAGAAUUACUAUCUUGUAGUAAUGAUUUAAAAAAUAAGAAAUCGAAAUUAGAGGUGAUUGAACUUUCUGAUGAUGAAAUUCAGAUAGUUGUUCCUACUCUAACAAGAAUAGAGAUGCUUGAGUUACUACCAAAUAUUGCUUCUCAAUCAGUUAUUAUACAACAGAUUUCACGUAACUAUAUACCUCAUACAAUAAAGCUUCAUAAAGAUAUUUAUCGGUAUGAAACAAAAAGAUUAAGAAGUUUAUCAGAAAUUGACAGUAAAAUGCGCUCGAAACAUUCUAAACAAAAUUUACAAGAAAUACCACAUAGCUCUAGUACCAGUUCACAGGCUAGUAACAAAAUUAUACAAAGGAACUACUUUAUUCCUCUACAUAAUCAAAGCAUGCAUAUAAACAUCUGUGAUGUUGUUUUACGUGCAUUGUAUUUUACACAGUUAACACAAUAUUCAAGAUUUGAAUUUUUCCAGUUAUCCAAUAAUAGAUUACCAUUUUACCGUCAAGCAUACUGGCACAAUAGAGGUACAAUUAUUCGAGAGAACCUACAUCGCAAUAAUUCUCAUGCCUUCAUGUUUGGAAAUUUAAGACAUUUCAGAACUUUUAGGAAUACUGUACAACAAAACAGAUCGGUCAAUGCAUCUGUGGCAAAUGUUAGAAGUGAAAAGAAUGAGUAUCAAUCAUCAUUCAAAGUUUUACCAAAUGUCACUUCGUGGAAAGAGUUAAAGAAGAAAUGGCACGAUGAAAAAACAAUUACUAUAGAUGACGAAGAUUGUGUUAAUAACGAGAACUCUGAAAUCACAGAAAUAGAAAUAGUUAAGAAUCAUAUUCCUCCUCUUAUUGGUCCGUAUAAUGUAUCGAGUCUUACAGAAACUUAUAACAAGCUUAGGAUAAUAAAAAAUGCACCAGAAAAAAUAGUUAGAAGAAAGAGAAGCGAAUUGAAAAUAUCGUAUAAUGUUUACUCGAAUACUCAACAUUAUAGAAAAGGCAAUCCAGGCGAACCACUUUAUCGUCUGGUUGUCAUAAGACAGAAAGAAUGUCCAUUUUUCGAGCCAGUAGAAUUAAAUCGUUUGCAACAAGAUGCUAAAGGUACGGCGAUAAUGUUCGCCAUUGUAUCAAUGUCGAUUUCAUAUAUUCAACCAGGUAUUAUUUCAAUCCCAUUCUUAUCGUAAUAUCUAAUUAAGAUACGCUAUACUUAUAUAAUGUUAACAAUAUAUAGUAGAUUUCAAUAAAUAAAAAAAAGAUCAUUUUUGCAUAA